AUGCACACAAACAAUGCAGCGUCAGAAAUCGAUACUGUCCUUCCUCCAAAACCGUCGCCGGAAAACCAGAAAUCCGGCGGAGACAAACUCAACGGUCGGCAAGCCCCUCAUCUUCCUCCAAAACAACGAAACCAGAAAGUCGGAGUAGCUAAUCGACCUACCGUACCAUCCACAAUUGACGCAUCCACAGAAGAAAUCAGAGGAACAGACACUCCGCCGGAAAAGGUGCCACGUCAGAGGUUUCCGUCAAACUUGGCGGCACAUGCAGAUGACAUCAGCAGACCCUCUCUCUUUUCGAGCAUUAAGCAUAAGUUCUCGAAGGUUGAUAAUGGAGAGAAAUCCUGUGAUAG